AUCCAUUUCACAUUCAAUAGGUUAUAAGGUGAGAGCCGACUGAAUUACAUAUUCAAUAUUAACGCACACAGAGGUAUACCGCCACCGCCAUCGCUACCGUUGUACCGACGUCGCUGCUGCAGGUGCGACGUGCGAGGACAAUCUCUUUUGAGAGAAAGAUUUGUUUGUGGAGAUGAUGGAGCAUGCUGGAAUUCGGCUUAAAGGAUGGCAGCAGGCUGCUGUUGCAGUUGGAUCAGCAGUCGGAGCACUGCUGGAUCCACGAAGGGCUGAUUUAAUAGCUGCACUUGGGGAAACAACUGGGAAGCCUGCAUUCGAAAGAGUCCUUGAGAGGAUGAAGAGGAGUCCAGAAGGCGAGGCUGUGUUAUUGGAUCGUCCUCGGGUUAUCUCUGCCAACGUGAGCCACGCUUGGGACCUCCCACCCAACACAUUCGGUGCUGCGUAUGCAAAAUUUAUGGGAUCGAGGAAUUUCUCCCCUGAUGAUCGGCCGCCAGUACGUUUCAUGGACACGGAUGAGCUAGCAUAUGUUGCCACAAGAGCUCGCGAGGUGCAUGACUUCUGGCACACCCUGUUCGGACUACCCACCAAUUUGAUUGGCGAAUCAGCGCUAAAAGUUAUAGAAUUCGAGCAAAUGCUGCUCCCAAUGUGCGCCCUAUCUGUCGUGGGAGGUACUGCUAGAUUCAGCGAAAAACAGAGGAAACUAUUCUACCAGCACUACUUCCCCUGGGCCCUCCGCGCAGGCAUACGAUCCACGGAUUUGAUGUGUGUGUAUUACGAGCGCCAUUUUCACGAGGACUUGGAAGAUGUUCGUCGAAGAUGGGGCAUAACUCCUGCUCCUCCCCCGCCAUGACACGCCUCCUGGAAUUGGUGUUUGGUGACCUCACACAGGUACCGUUUUUUUCGAUUAACUCGCUACGGUAGUUUUUGGAUAUUUUCUUGAUAUAUUUUGUGCUGCCGAGUUAAACUAAGGCUCGCUGAUAUGCUAUAAAAUUUCUACACAGAUUUGCUUGCUA